GAUGCCAGGGAUCAGUUUCCGAAAUGGAUUGUCUGCAGCAGGUCGGCGUUCAGCAGUUGGGUGAUCUGAAGCGUGUCUUCACCCGGGAAUGGCCAAAAUACUGCAAGGAGUACUACUGCCUGGACACCUUUCUGGAGCUCUAUAAAAAGGACGAUCAGCUGAAGGAUGUGCAAGUCUAUGCUCUUCCCAAUUUGGAGCUCGGAAUAUUUGUGAUCGUGGAUCACUAUCAGAUAUUUGUUGGCUACCUGGAGGCUGAACAAUCAGAAAGCCUUCUCAAGGAGUCCUUACUCAAGUUUAAGCUCUAUGGAGGCGAACAGUUCGCCUCAAUGCCCAAAAGGUAUUUCAAUGUUGCCAACGACAUUAUUCAAGCGAAGAAUCUGAAACUAGAUCUCGACUGUGUAACACUUUCCCUGGUCUUGAGCAAAGAGGAAGCCCUGCUAUUCCAAGUAGAACCUAUAGCCGGGUUUUCCCUUAAGCCUGUGGAUAUACAGGAUGCUCAGGUGAUUAAUGAUCAAUGGGAAUGGAGUGAGCCGGAUUCCUUUUCCUUGGUCCACCGCCAAAUUCUGUAUGACACCAGUGUGGGCUUGUACAACAAGGAAAACAAAGAGCUCGUGGCCUGGUGCAUUAGGGCUCCAGAUGGCUUACUGGCAGUCCUUCAGGUCAAGACGUCGUACAAACGCAGAGGCUUCGGCCAACUGAUUGUGAAGGAAUUUGCGAGACAAGAGGCUCUGCUGGGACGCGAUACAAUCACCGAAGUUGUUCCGGAAAACAAGGCAUCCUUGGGCCUGUUCACCAAACUGGGCUUCAAAAUCAACGACCAGUGUCACUGGCUGAUGACGGAGCCACCAAAAGGAGUUCGAUAAGAUUAAGGGCUUGUGUUUAUCUCUGGGAAAAAAUGGACUCGCUGGCCAAAAGAAAACCACACGUAAGAGAAUCUAACGAUUUGAAGAGAUUGCCUGAAGAGAAAUAAAUGAUUAAGUCACCCAAACAACAA